CGGAGCUGAGAAGACAGAGAGAUGGGUGACAGGCCCCUGGGCAGACGUUCCUGAUUAUCCCCCCGCGACAACUUGUAGCCUCAUGUCGAGCAGCGGAGCGGGUCCUGAGCAGAACCGGCAGGCGUCAGAAGCGGACGCCACCACUACAACCUUCCUGGCAAGAGAGCAUCAGCAUAUCCGCUACAACCCGCUACAGGAUGAGUGGGUGCUGGUGUCAGCUCACCGUAUGAAGAGGCCCUGGCAGGGGCAAGUAGAGCCCUCGCUUUUGAAAACAGUGCCCCGCCAUGACCCCCACAACCCUCUGUGUCCUGGGGCCACACGGGCCAAUGGAGAGGUGAAUCCCCACUAUGAUGGCACUUUCCUGUUUGACAAUGACUUCCCAGCUCUGCAGCCUGAUGCCCCCAAUCCAGGACCCAGUGAUCACCCUCUUUUCCAGGCAGAGGCUGCUCGAGGAGUUUGUAAGGUCCUGUGCUUCCACCCUUGGUCUGAUAUGACGCUGCCACUCAUGUCAGUUCCUGAGAUCCGUGCUGUUGUGGAUGUGUGGGCCACAGUCACAGAAGAGCUGGGUGCCCAGUACCCUUGGGUGCAGAUCUUUGAAAACAAAGGAGCCAUGAUGGGCUGUUCCAACCCCCACCCCCACUGCCAGGUGUGGGCCAGCAGUUUCCUGCCAGAUAUUGCCCAGCGUGAGGAGCGAUCUCAGCGGGCCUAUCAGAAUCAGCAUGGAGAACCUCUGCUGAUGAAGUAUGUCCACCAGGAGCUGCUCAGGAAGGAACGUCUGGUCCUAACCAGUGAGCACUGGUUGGUGCUGGUCCCCUUCUGGGCAGUGUGGCCCUUCCAGACACUGCUGCUGCCCCGUCGGCAUGUGCGGCGCCUGCCUGAGCUGACCCCUGCUGAGCGUGAUGAUCUAGCCUUCAUCAUGAAGAAGCUCUUGACGAAAUACGACAACCUGUUUGAGACCUCCUUUCCCUACACCAUGGGCUGGCACGGGGCUCCCACGGGAUCAGAGGCCGAAGCCAGCUGGGACCACUGGCAGCUGCAUGCUCAUUACUACCCUCCGCUCCUGCGCUCUGCCACUGUCCGGAAAUUUAUGGUUGGCUACGAAAUGCUUGCCCAGGCUCAGAGGGACCUCACCCCUGAGCAGGCUGCGGAGAGACUGAGAGCACUUCCUGAGGUUCAUUACAGCCUGGGGCCAAAGGACAGGGAGACAGCAGCCAUCUCCUGACCACGCUGACCCCAGGGCCUUUUGCCUGAGAGUACCAGGGCCUAGGGUUUGGGCAGAUGUGGGGGGUCAAUAAAACUGUACUUCUCAAACUUUAAUCACAAAUUCUAACGCCAGAGCAAUGUGAUCUCUAACCCUCAGAGGUCUGGGGUUAAAGGCAGAAGGCACAGCUCCAGCCACAACUUUUCUUUGCCUAUGGAUGUGCAAAAACUUAAGGAUACCAAAAUUCUCCCCUAAAUCUCUGAACAAAAUUAAUACUCAGUAUUAUGUCUGGCCUAUAGAUUCUCUUACUUCUGGAGUAACAAAGUCAUCUCAGUUUAAGAAACUGAUUAAAAAUCUUGUGUUUUUGUAUGUGGCUGAGGCUUUGGGAAAGUAAGAGCCCCCCCUUGCCACCGCCCCUAGGGUGUCCGCUCACUAAGUUUGGGCCUGAAGUUUUGGUGGGGAGCUGGUAGCAGAAUCCUGGUCCCAGUGGUCAGUGGCCAGAUCCUGGGCUGCUGGCCAGAACCCUGGCUUUGUGAGUGGCUGCAGCUUGGCUCUGCUCCAGCCCACAGGGGCUGAAGGGGUGGGUAGAGAAUGUGUACACGGCUUUGUGUUCUUGGCUUCUCCAGACUCCCAACAUGUAGCAUGUAUGUGCAGGCUCUGUACACCUCUGUUGUUCCUGUGCCCUAAUCAUUGCAUGGGGCCAAAAACAGCUCCGGCAGGGAUGGGGCCGUCAAAGUUAGGAGUCACAGGGUCUGGAAGGACAAGAUGUUUUCUGGAGUGACCGACCCUAGGUCUGUCCCCUCCUCUCUGGCCCUGUUUCCCCAGCAAGACUGUGUAACCAGCAACACUGUGUAACCGUGUGGGAACAACAGGCCAUGCAACCCAGGAGAUGUGAUGCCGUCCAAAGCUUUAAGUGAAGACAGGGCUUGUGAACAAUGCAAGGAUGGCCAGAACGCUUUUCAUCUCCAUUCUUCUCUCAAGGGAACUGGGAGGGAAAAUCACACCAAGGGCGGACAAUGAUGACCUGGCCCAGGAGAACCUUGGCUAUCUUCCUUCUUGCCCAGGGUUCUUUCUUCCUUGAGACCCUGGAGGGGAAGAGUCUGGGACUUGGAGUGUUGCUCUGGUCUGGAAGGAGCUCAGAUAGACAUGGUACACAUCUCCCUUAAGCUCCCAGUCACUGGGGAAUGGAUGAGAACACUGGAUAGGUAGCUGGUUUCUUAAGGAGCACACGCGCAAGCACACACCCACACACACACCCCUACCUACCUACCUACAUACCUGACCCUAUACUUUUGAUUGGGCUGCAUUUUUUAAUCAUCUGGGGAGUUUUAAACAAUACUGAUGCUUAGA